UCUGGUCUUUCUCAUUCAGUUGCCAUAUUGUUUGGACUACAACUACUAAACGUCGAGACUUGGCAAGAGGCUAUAAGGCAUUUAUUUUGCUGGUCUAAGCCUCAUUAAUUGCAGAGUGUUCUGUUUCUUCAAUCUUAACCAGUAAUACUAUCGAACUGUAACUAUUUCUGGCAUACCUUAAGUUCAAAGAGGAUAUGAGGACUAGAUAUCUUGGUGGGUUAUGUUUGAUUAUUCUUUGCAUGGGUUCCCUGUGCUUUGGAGUUACAGGGGUGACAAACACCAACGAUGUUUCUUCCCUGAAUCUCAUAAGAUUGCUGUGGGAAAAUACGGAGCCACCAAGCUGGAUUAGUGGCACAGAUCCUUGUGACUCUCAGUGGGAUGGAGUGACCUGCACAGAUGGUCGCAUAACCUCACUAAUAUUAUCAAGUGUGGGGCUGAAGGGAUCUCUCUCAAAUCAAAUCGGUUCUCUGAGUGCACUUCAAACUUUGGAUUUGUCCUACAACACAGAAUUGACCGGAAGGCUACCAGGUAGUAUAGGAAACUUGGUCUCCUUGAAAAUUCUGAUGAUGAUCGGGUGCAAUUUCAUUGGACAAAUACCAAGUGCAUUGGGGAACCUGACUAAUCUUAGUUUUUUGGCUUUGAAUUCGAAUAAAUUCACAGGUCCGAUUCCUGCAACUCUGGGUAAGUUGACCAAUCUGGAAUGGCUUGAUCUUGCUGACAAUCAACUUGCUGGGAGUCUUCCAGUCUCCAAUUCUACGCAAUCUGGAUUAGACAAACUUGUUAAUGCAAAUCACUUCCAUUUCAAUCUAAACAAUCUCUCAGGCACCAUUCCGCCUGUACUCUUCAGCGGGAAUAUGAAUCUGCUUCAUGUACUAUUUGACAGUAAUGAGUUUGAAGGACAAAUCCCCUCUACUUUGGGACUUGUAACCAGUUUGACUGUCUUGAGGCUUGACAGAAACCAGAUAACAGGUUCAAUUCCGUCCAACAUCAGCAACCUAGUAAGCCUCGAAGAACUGAAUCUAUCAAAUAAUAGACUAAAUGGUACCAUACCAGAUUUAUCUACACUAACUGGACUCGGAUACAUAGACUUGAGCAACAAUUCCUUCAAUUCAGCCACAGUUCCUUCUUGGCUAACCAACACACAAAAGUUGACCACCAUAGUCAUGGAUAAUUGCAGCAUAGCUGGACAAAUUUCCUCAACAAUUUUUAGUCUGCCAGCACUUGAAACAGUACGAAUGAAAAGCAACCGGUUGAAUGGAACAGUAACAAUUAGCGCCACUAAUUCGAAUCAAGUGCGAUGGAUAGACCUUAGAAAUAACAGUAUAGCUCAAGCAGUUGUCCAAGACAAUACUACUACUUUAUGGAUUGCAGGAAACCCAGCUUGUAACUCAGGAUCUAGUCUUUCAAGCUCUGAAUCAUGUCAAAACAUGGUGCAAGUGAAAAGCUAUGAAACAGUUACGGCACAAUGUGGGAACAAAAAUUGCCCUGGAGAACUGAAGCACAAUCCCAAGACAUGCAAGUGCCAACAACCUUAUAAGGGUCAAAUGGUAUUUAGGGCUCCCUCAUUUUCAGAUAUUACAGAUACACAGAGAUUCAAAGGCUUGGAGAACGAUCUUAUAGCCAAAUUGGGUGUAGAUACAGUCUAUCUCUGUUGCCUUAAUUUUGAUAGCACCCAGUAUCUGAUUGCAACAGUGCAGUUUUUUCCAGCGGAUUCUAAGUUCUUUACUCGGUCAGAGGUUAAUCAGAUUGGUUUCAAACUAAGCAAUCAAGUUUAUAAACCUCCAACGGAAUUCGGGCCCUAUUUAUUUAUGGCAACUCCAUACAUCAUCGGGUCUGAAGAAUCUAGCAAAGGUAUAAGUUCAGCUGUAAUUGCUGGAAUAGCUGUUGGAGCUGUUGUUUUGGCUCUUGCGGUCAUUGUUGUAGGAUUUUAUGCACUGAGGCAAAGGAAAAGAGCAGAGAAGGCCAUAGAAAUACACAAACCCUUCGCCUCAUGGGGAGCCAGUAGCAUGGAUGAUGGAAACGCCCCUAAACUGAAAGGCGCCAGAUGGUUUUCUUUUGCUGAAUUAAAGGAGGCUACAAAUAAUUUCUCUGAAAGUAAUGAAAUUGGCUCGGGAGGAUAUGGAAGGGUAUAUAGGGCAGUGUUGCCAGAAGGUGAAAUGGUAGCUAUCAAAAGGGCCCAGGAGGGGUCAUUACAAGGUGGAGCCGAGUUCAAAAAUGAGAUUGAGCUCCUGUCCCGGGUUCACCAUAAAAACUUGGUGGGGCUGAUUGGAUUUUGCACUGAAAAGGGAGAACAGAUGCUAGUGUACGAGUAUAUCCCCAAUGGAACUCUUAGAGAAAAUCUCAUUGGUGAACUUACACUGGACUGGGCGAGAAGGCUACAAAUAGCACUGGGUUCUGCCAAGGGAUUGAACUAUCUACAUGAGCUUGCCAAUCCACCCAUCAUACACAGAGACAUCAAGUCCACUAACAUAUUGCUGGAUGAGUAUCUGAAUGCCAAAGUUGCAGAUUUUGGUCUGUCCAAGUUGGUUGCUGAUGGAGGUGUAAAUGCUGGAGGCAAAAGCCACGUGUCAACUCAAGUCAAAGGAACACUGGGAUACUUGGAUCCAGAAUACUACAUGACCCAGCAGCUCAGUGAGAAAAGCGAUGUGUACAGUUUUGGUAUUGUUUUGCUGGAGCUGAUUACAGCGCGACUCCCCAUUGAAGGAGGGAAAUACAUAGUUCGACUGGUGAAGGAGGCCUUGGACAGUGGAGGUAUAGCAUGGUUGCAAGAGGAUUUAAUGGACCCUGCAUUAAAACAGGACAACCUUACAGGGUUUGGGGAGUUCUUAGGUUUAGCCUUGAGCUGCGUUAAGGAAUUGGGUGCCGAAAGACCCAGCAUGAGAGGAGCAGUGAAGGAACUGGAGUCCAUUGUAGAAAUGCAAGGUCCAUAUAGCUCCGUUAAAGACAGUCCAGAAAGCGACCCUAUUGUUGUAAAAGGGACUCGGAAGUUGUAUGAUGAAGAUGAUGAAGAAAUUUCCAUGGUUUUACCUGGGCAAGGGAAAGACAAUCAUAGAAACUUGUUUGAAUAUAGUGGAGCUUAUCAGGUGUCCGGCACCAUAGAACCCAAGUAGCUUGUGGUUCUUAGGGCUCUUGGGGCUGUUGUAUAGUAUAAUUUAUUUUUAUUGUUUUUGAAAAGUGUGUAUUGAUUUUUUCUACUCGGAUGUUACCAAAUUGAAUACAAUAGAUGUUGU